AUUUUUCCUCUCCAUUGCCUAAGGAGCUAAACCUAGCUCCAGUGUUGAGGAAGAUAAAAAAAAAAGUAAUAAUAAUAAUAAUCAAGCCGUGAUCUUCCUCGCAUUAUCGUCAUGGCAAUGGCGGCAGCUCUUCCUGCGCUCCUCGUCCUCUGCAUUGCCUUUCCCUUGACGCAAUCCGCUGCACCGCUUCCGGUUCUCAGGGAAGAUUACUACGCGAAAACAUGCCCGGACUUCCAGAAAAUAGUCCGGGAAACCGUCAACACGAAGCAGAUGGCCAAUCCCGUCACCGCCGCGGGCACCCUCCGCCUCUUCUUCCACGACUGCAUGGUGACCGGCUGCGACGCCUCCCUUCUCAUCAACUCCAACCACGUCAACAAGGCCGAGAGGGACGCUGAGCCCAACCUAUCCCUCUCGGGGGAUGCAUAUGAAGUGAUAAUCAAGGCCAAGACCACGCUCGAGCUCACAUGCCCAGGCGUGGUCUCAUGCGCCGACAUCAUCGCCGAGGCCACACGUGACCUCGUGAGCAUGCUCGGCGGGCCUUUCUACCCCGUCAAGCUGGGACGCUUAGACGGACUCGUGUCCAAGGCCGACAGCGUGUACGAGAACCUCCCAAGGACUAACCAAACCGUGGACGAAUUGAUCGAGUACUUCGGCUCCAAAGGCUUCACCGUCGAGGAGAUGGUGGCGUUGAGCGGCGCUCACACCAUCGGAUUCUCUCACUGCAAGGAAUUUACCGGCAGAUUAUUCAACUACAACAAAACCACCCCGACCGAUCCCGAUAUGCACCCAAAGUUGGCCGAGGCUUUGAAGAAGACUUGCGCCAACUUCGAAAAGGACACUUCCAUGUCAGCAUUCAACGACAUGAUUACACCUGGAAAGUUCGACAACAUGUACUACCAGAACCUGAAGAGAGGGCUAGGGCUCUUGGCCUCGGACAACGCUUUGGUAAAGGAUCCGAGGACCAGGCCAAUUGUGGAGUUAUUCGCUAGGGACCAGGAAGCGUUCUUCAAGGCCUUCUCUAAGGUCAUGGAGAAGACCGGCUUAUUUGGAGUGAAGACAGGGAAGGAUGGAGAGGUGAGACGCCGGUGUGAUGCGCUUAACAAUGCCAUUUCAGCUUAGAGAGACAGAACUGGGACUUGAUGAAGAGAGAAAUUUUUUUAAAUUUUAUUGUUUUUCAUAAUCUAUGAGAAUGAAAAUUUAUGAGUUGGUGGGAUGUGCGAUGAUGAUGGUGAAUUGGUGAUGAUGAGAUUGAUCAUGAUUAUGAAUGAGAUAUAUGGAAAUAAAUAAAUUGGUUUAAGUUUGUGAACAA